CGGCACCCCUGCACGGCUUUAUAGCCGGUACUAGGAACCGUUAGUUUUGACAGACUUGUUUCUCCCCGGAGUUAUGUGAGUGCAGCGCACCUUGUGAGAAGUCAGCACGCCAUUGUAUGUAUUCGCCUUAUUUAAGCACUUUUUAACCAAGAAAUUUAACCCACCUGAGUUUAGCGGCAGAGUCGUGGAAUUCAGAAACUUUUGUUUUAAAGCGUUAGUAUUUUAAUUUGAGUUACGGACAUGGCUACGGAUUCCUGGGCUCAGGCUGUGGAUCAACAAGAAGCUGCAGCUGAGUCGAUAAGCAACCUUCAAUUAACUGAAAAGGAAAACAAACCAAAAGUGGAAAACAAACCAAAAGCCGAAGAAAAUGGAGCCAAGGCUGAGGGAGAAGCAGAGAAGACUGAGGAGGAAGAAAAAGAGGACAAAGCGGCUCAGUCACUGUUGAACAAGUUGAUACGAAGCAAUUUGGUGAACAACACUAACCAAGUGGAAGUUCUUCAGAGGGAUCCCAACUCUCCGCUUUACUCCGUCAAGUCGUUUGAGGAGCUGCGAUUGAAGCCUCAGCUACUUAAAGGUGUUUAUGCCAUGGGCUUCAACAGACCCUCCAAAAUCCAGGAGAACGCCUUGCCCAUGAUGCUUGCGGAGCCGCCACAGAAUCUUAUAGCGCAGUCUCAGUCCGGUACGGGUAAAACUGCCGCCUUCGUCCUGGCCAUGCUCAGCCACGUGGAUCCCAACAACAAAUGGCCUCAGUGCCUGUGUGUAUCGCCUACAUACGAGCUCGCCCUCCAGACGGGCAAGGUCAUCGAGCAGAUGGGCAAAUUUUACCCUGAAGUCCAGUUGAUGUAUGCGAUCCGAGGAAACAAACUGGAGAGAGGGGUGAAGCUCCAGGAGCAGAUUGUGAUCGGCACCCCCGGUACGGUCCUGGACUGGUGCCAGAAGCUCAAAUUCAUCGACCCAAAGAGAAUUAAAGUGUUUGUACUGGACGAGGCAGACGUCAUGAUCGCCACGCAGGGUCACCAGGACCAAAGUAUUCGCAUUCAGAGGAUGUUGCCCAAAUCCUGCCAGAUGCUCUUGUUCUCAGCGACGUUCGAGGAGACCGUGUGGAAUUUCGCCACGCGCAUCGUCCCCGACCCGAACAUCAUCAAACUGAAGAGGGAGGAGGAGACGCUGGACACCAUUAAGCAGUAUUACGUGUCAUGCAACUGCAAGGAGGAGAAGUUCCAAGCCCUCUGUAACAUCUACGGUGCCAUCACUAUCGCACAGGCCAUGAUCUUCUGUCACACCAGGAAAACAGCAGGCUGGCUAGCAGGAGAGCUGUCAAGGGAGGGACACCAGGUGGCGCUACUCAGCGGAGAGAUGCAGGUGGAACAGAGGGCGGCUGUUAUCGAGCGUUUCCGCAACGGCAAAGAGAAAGUCCUGGUCACUACGAACGUCUGUGCCAGAGGUAUCGAUGUGGAGCAGGUCUCUGUGGUUAUUAAUUUCGAUCUACCGGUGGAUAAGGAUGGAAACCCUGACAACGAGACGUACCUGCACCGGAUCGGGCGCACGGGGAGAUUCGGCAAAAGAGGACUGGCGAUCAACAUGGUGGACAGCCGAUUUAGCAUGAACGUUCUCAACCGCAUUCAGGAGCAUUUCAAUAAGAAAAUCGAAAAACUGGACACGGACGAUUUGGACGAAAUCGAGAAAAUAGCAAACUGAGGAGAAGGGACACACGUCUUCGGCAGCGGUUUAGGCUGGGAGUAGAACUGCGCUGUGGAGAACAUUAUAGAGGAUGUGGAAAUGUCUUAUUUUAGAUUUUCUCUUUAUAGGUUUUAAUAUUACUACGGUUUCACUCUUUGUACCUCUUAAUAAAAAUCUGAAUGUUUAGGGUUUUUUUUUUUUUUUCCUGUCGAGUGCAUAAAUAAGGCGAAUAGGUCAUUAGGUUAUAUUUGUGCACUGCUUGCUCAGAGGGCUUUGAGCAAUUUUUAGUGAAAAUAUUGGUGUUAACGUGACAAAUAUAACUUCUUUAGUUCUGCUGUUCCUGUAUUAGGGAAUGCUCAUCUAGGGAACAGGAGUCACCAGAAGUUUUUUUUUAUUUUUUUUUUUUAUAUAUAUAUAUUUCCGCUAUAUGUGCUUGAUUUUAUAUUUUAAGGUUUAAAUACAACAUUUCUAACCAAGCAGACCUCUGAAUGAGGUGCAGAUUGUCUUCAGUUGUUUGAAGAGAUUAUUAUUAGUAGUAGUAUUAUAAUUGUGGUAUUUGAUUUAGUACCUCAAAAGCAUCCAUGCUGGUGAAAAAAUGGUAGCUAUUAUUGGCUUCGAUCACAUUUACAAAUAAAGUUGCCAAAGUUAAAGGUUGUACAAAUUUGACGUUUUUCAUCAGCCAAAGUCUUGUGCCUGUACUGAUUGUACCAGUACACCUUAAAUAUCACAAUCAUUUAUUUCAAGGACUGUACAUACAACACAAUGCAAUAGUGGGUUUUAAUCAAGAAGUACAAAGAGUGAAAAAUAUAUAAUAUUCUAAUUAAAGGGUAAUGUUAAGUUGUUAAGGCUGAUGUUGAUGGUGUGAGGGAGCCAUGACGAGGUGUGCAACAUCAUCUUUCACGUACACGGCUGCUUUUCAAGCACGCUGGCUCAUUUACAGCCCCAUUGAGCACAUCCUCUCUCUGUGCUUCUUCAGGGUAGUCAUUCUAGCAAAUUAAAUUAUAGUGUGAAACAUUUUGUAUCACUAUCAACACAAGAGACUGCAUCUUAAAAGAUAUUUUAUUCAUAAACAUAAGUGCUUGAUGAAACAAGUCGAUAUGCAACUGACUCUGUGAAACAUUAUUCACUUCAUGAUUGUCACCAACCUGUUCGUUUUUAUGGAAAUCCUAAUCAUGACUUGACCGUAAAAACCUUUAUAGUUAGGUUUAUCCCCAGAUGUCUCAUGCAGACAGUUCAGCUGGAGAAAUCUGGCAGAAAAUCAAAGCUACUGAUGCAAAUGGGAGUCCAAGUCCCUUGUCCUUUCCCCUUCAGUGAAUAUAUAUAUAUAUAUAUAUAUAUAUUUUCUGCUAGUAUUUGCCUUCAUAUCCACAGCUUUAACUGUGAAAACCACCGUUUACAGAAGUAUCCCUUAAACGAGUGGGGAAAAACGAAAACAGCUUUUGGCACCUCCGCCUUAUUUUUUCAAUCAGCGUAAUAUAUGAUAAUGAGUAAAACAAAAAAGUCUGCCUGCUAGAAACAUUCCUGCUUGACUUCAGGGUUUAAACAUUUCUCUCAUCCCUCUUGAUUACGUUCAUGUUUACAUAAGGAGCGUAGCAUGCAAACGGAUUCGUAAACGAAAUAAAAGCUCGCAUCGCUUGGGCCCAGACGACGAUCCAAACGCUUCUCACGGACACUUCUAACCUCCCGAUCUGGUUGGUGGCACUCGAGCGUUUUAUCCCUUUUCAAACGAACUAAAUCAUUAGCGCUUUAAAUCAUGAUGGCGUCCCCGAGGAUGACCCAAACAAUAUGCAACACUCCCAACUGGUGUGAGACGUAUCAUGUACGUGUGUGACUGGAUGUUCUGCCUGUAUUGUAGACUUCUGUGUACGGCUGCUGUGUGUGCUGAAUGCUUCUUGUCCUAGAAAUACAGCGACAUGUGGAAUUCUGUGUGGUGAUACCGUGUCUGAAUGAUGAUGUAUUGUUAGAAUGAAACUCGAGAAAUUACCGCGUGUCAAUCGUGUGUUUUAUAUAUAUAUAUAUAUAUAUAUCAGAAAUAAAACGCAACGGUGUGUGUUGGGAUGCCGAUGUAGAAAAAUAAUUUGAUAAUUUUUUUCAGUGGUAAUAAUUUACUAAACACACUAUUUAGCUAGGUAUAGUUACUUUUAAGCUUGUGCCAUAGGACAAUUUAUUCAUCUCUAUAUGAAAUCUAGAGAGUAUAUUAUAUUAUGUAGCCUGCAGACAUUUAUGUAUUUCGCAAGUGUAUGCGAUUACCACUCCCCUUAAGCAGUUCCUGACCAUUAUUACACCCAUCCUGCAACCAGAACUGCUGGAAAAUGCUUGUUUUUGUCUCAUUUUAAGCCGUCAGUUCUGGAUGAUUAAAUUGUUUAUCACGAUUUUUUUUUUUCCCCUAAUAGAGAAAUCAAUAUCACACAAGCCUA